ACAAGUUUCCUUUCUGUAUAUAUUCUGUGGUCUUACUUCAUACUCAAAGGACACUCAGCAGGGUCUACUCAAAGGACAGUGUAGAUCUUACUACCAUGAACAGAACUGGGAGGUUAAAAAUUGUUCCAUCUAUUCCUUUUUUGAGCAUUCAUUGCCUAGACUUUUUUAAUUCGACUCGAUUGACAGGACACAAGAGUUCCGUCGAUCGACAAGAGCAAGACAAACAUCGACUUUACACUAUCAACGAUUGAGACGGAGUCGUUCGACUUUUUUCAGGCCAAUUCGAGGCUCGACUAUAACAUAACAUUCGAGACUCGACUAUUGGUUAUGGUUAUCUCUGUUUUCUUUUCUCUGUGUCAAGUCCUCAACACUCAACACUGUCAAACUGUUUAGAUUUUAAGUUAGUUUUUUUUCUUAUUCUUCAAAAAACUUGACGAAAAAAUUGUAUAAUGAUGUGUGAAAUUUAUAAUUGAUUUAAUUAAUAAUAAGUUACAGUUCUACAAGUGAAUGGUGCACGAGAAUUGUUUUUGCAUCAACAUUUGAAGGUUAUAAUAACCUAUCUUGUCAAUACUGAUUAGGCUUACUGAAUAAAUAGACCUUUCAAGUGGAGUAAUUAUUCCAAUAUCAAGCAUCCUUAUUUUAUUCAAUAUGUGUACCAGUCAUAUUUUUAUGUCAUUAAAUUAAUUGAGCACUUGUAAGGAAGAUCAAAAGUAAGAAAGCUAACUGAUAUAAAAUGCCGCUUGAAUCAUUGCUUAAUCCAAAAGAUCCACCUAGACCAGAGAACUCCAGGUACCUGAUUAGUCCAUAUAAUAGUCGGCAGCUACAAAGUGAAAAAGUUCAAGCUAUGGAAAUAGUUAACACGCCUCAUAACACCAACAUGUCAUCGACUAACCUAACUCAAGUAAAUAUUCCUAUGAGUGUUGCUAACUUACAACCUCCUGGGCAAAGUAGUGCGGGUAGUAAUGUGUUUAACGGACUCUACAGCGCAGGAUUCAACUCUUCUAUCAAUAAUUUGGAAGCAAGUCUUCAGUGGUUAUCUGAAACUAGAGUUCCAAACAACACCUUGAUGAAUGACAAAAACUUGAACUGCAAUACAGUGCCAUCGCAUUCUUGUUGUGUUAAUCGUAUAGAUAACUUGGGAAUGUGCUCGCCACUUCCAGGUGAUACUUAUAGAUCAAGUUGUCGUGAUGGAAAUUUUCAAACAAGACCAUCUAGUCUAUCUGUAAAUGUUAUGGAUUCAGUACAGAGCUGGUUCAACCUCCAACCAAUUCAAACCAAUCAGCAAUAUAAUGGCAAAUUCCCGGAGCAAAAUUUAAACUGUACUCAAUUGAGCUUACCAAUUUUGGAGCAAUCAGAUUUGAAACAGGCUGAUAUUAAUAUAUCAAUGCCAGAUACUUAUUUUGAGUCACAUCUAAGUAGUAAUGCCAAUAAAUUAAUUGGACCUAAUCUAAACGACAUCAAUACUAAACUCUCCGAUGUUCAUGAUGUUCAAACUAGCAAUAUGAAAGUUCAGAACAAUAACUUCCAACCAGCUAUGUUACCUAGAGAGUGGAAACAAACAACAAAUUUACAACCUAAUUAUGUAUCCAGCCCAACGUUUUUCAACACCAUCAGUGACUCUCCAGAUCAUUUUAUCUAUUCCUUACCCCCACCAGCAAGUUCAUAUUGUAUGCCUACAACUGAUAACAUUGCGGCCUCUUCAAACAAACAACAAAACUGUUAUCAACAGCCUGAUAAACAUCAAAAUGCCGUUCCGCAGUUGAAUUGUAGACCAAACUACAUUGAUCAAAAUUCGCAAAUGAAAGUUCUUGGGUUACCUCCCAUUCAACAGACAACCGACCGAAGCCAAAAGACAUUUUACGAGAAAACAGUCUCAAUUGAAAGUGUGAUGACUAGUAGUGAUGUGAUGAAAACUAUCCAGACCUCCACAUCUACUCAGAAGGACAACCAGUUAAAAAUUGAUUCUUCUAGAAAGUUUCCUGAUUCGUUAGCCAAUUACACAUUACCUUAUUUACCAGAGGUUGGUGUGUCCAAUGAGACCAUCGUUCAUAGUGGCAUCAGUCAGAAGCUACCUGAACUCUCAAAAACAAUUCAACAGAAUUUGAACGAUGAUAGCUCGAGUGGAUCUGAUGAGAGCAACAUCAUUGUCGAGGAGUCUGAUGAAACUGAAGAAAUGGAAAGCGUUACAUCCAUAGAAGAGAUGAAGAAGACGCUGUUAUCGUCGGUGGAGCUGCGUUGUCUGGUAUGCAACGUGAAAUCAUCGCAGAAGACGCCAGCCAGCCAGUUCAUCCACAUGAACGACUCGUUCCCGCUGACGUCGGCAUCGCGCACCCCAGUCGCCUCCAAGCUCAUUCAGAUCAUCCCCGCCGACCUGAAGCACUUCCUCAAGCUGCACAACAGCUUCAUGUGUCGCCGCUGCCUGAACCUGAUCGAGACUGUCGAGGUGCUAGAGGUGAAGCUGACCUCGGUCAAGCAGACGCUCAGCGAGAACUUCAGCAAAACCAUCCAGUGCUUCCUGCCGGCCACGCCCGACAUCGAGAUCGACGACGACAAGCCUCAUAUUGUCGACAAGUCAGCUAACUUGGAAGGAGCGCUCGUCAACUUCAGUCACACUACUAUUUAUCUCGAUAUCCAGCCCGCGAAAAAGCCACGUGUGACCGUUGACAGUCUAGAAGAAGAAGUGGACGAUGUUGAUGAUGGAAUUGACGCCGACGACACCAAUGAACAUACUAGAGACGAUUUAUCUGAAGAAGGCGAUAAAACUGAGGCUGGUGGAGUUAAGACAACCUGUCACAUAUGCGGCAGAACUUUAUCUAGUCCAAAAACAUUCAAACGACACAUGGAAAUACACACUGGUGCUUUUAGUUUUUAUUGUGAAACGUGCGGCAAGGGUUUUAAUAAGAAAUCAUCUCUAGAAACGCAUAUUUUAACUCAUAGCGGGAAUAACAGGUUUCAGUGUGAAAAAUGCGGCCAAACUUACAGUCAGAAACAUAGGUUAGAAACACAUUUACGAAAACAUGCGGCUGAUUUUAGUUUGCAUUGUGAUGUGUGUGGUAAAGGUUUUGUACAGAGGAGUCUACUAGAUAAACAUGCGUUAACACACACCGAUUACCGACCGUUUGUUUGUGAACGAUGUGGUUUAACAUUUUCGAAAAAAUCAGGAUUAAAAUCACAUUUUGAUGUGUGUGAGAAAAAGGAGUUCCCGUGUGAUUGUUGCUCGCAAGUUCUCACAUCACAGGCAAACUUGAAACAACACAAAAUCACAGAACACUGUGAAGAGCCACCUGCUUGUUGUGAGAUUUGUGGCAAAGUGUUCGUACAGCGCAAGGAUUUGAAGCCACACAUGCGUUCACACUCGGAUGACAAACCGUUUCGUUGUGAAAUCUGCGACAAAUGCUACAAAACUCGCGGUGACCUGAACUAUCACUCGAAAAUCCACAACAUCGAGAAACAGUUCAAGUGUUCAAUUUGCGAAAAGUGUUUCUCCCGCAAACAGGUAUAUGAUGAUCACAUAUCCAAGCAUGCGGGAAAUCGAAACUACAAGUGUACUGAAUGUGACAAGGCGUUCUUCGAGAAAAGUAAACUCCAGAAACACUUGUCGAUUCAUAACGGCGGUGUGAAACGAAAGCAGUGUCCCGUUUGUAAUAAGCAAGUGCAACAUAUGAAUGUUCAUAUGAGGACUCAUUCCGGUGAAAAACCGUAUGUGUGUAAGAUAUGUAGCCUUGCUUUCAGUAUUAAUCGGACUUUGGUGAGGCAUAUACAAAGUAAGCAUUUUAGUUCAGUAUAGUGAGAUGGAGUUCAAUAAAAUUUUCGAUCUCUCAAA